AUGCCGGAACUUCCAGAGGUUCACCGUGCAGAGAGAGCUUGUAAUGCAAAUUUAGUUGGAAAACAAAUUGUUCAAGUUGAAACGCAAGAAGACAAGUUGGUCUUCUGUGGUAUAUCAAAUGAUGAAUUUGAACGUAGUUUAAUAAAUAAGAUCGUCAAAAGUACUGGUCGAUGGGGAAAAUAUUUCUAUUUUGAAAUGAACAAAAGUCCAAACCCUGUCUUUCAUUUUGGAAUGACUGGAAAUAUUAUUUUUAAAGAUCAAGGAGCAUUUUCUUAUCGUAAACCAUCCAAGAAUGAUCCAAAUGAAUGGCCUCCAAAAUUUUGGAAGUUUAUUCUUACAUUUAAGGACUCGCUUAAUAAACCUUCUGAAAAAGUUGUUAUGGCAUUCACUGAUGUACGUAGAUUAGCAAGAAUACGUCUGGUUACUAAUUCACCGUUGCAGGAUGAUCCUAUAUUAAGGUUAGGAUUUGAUCCUUUGCGAAACAUGCCGGACUUGAAGACAUUCAGUGGAUUGGUUUUGAAGAGAAAGUGCCCUAUCAAAGCUUUGUUAUUGGACCAACAAUUUUCUGCCGGGAUUGGCAAUUGGGUCGCAGAUGAAGUAUUGUUUCAAUCACAUGUACAUCCUAGUCAAUACACACAUACACUCAUAAAAGAACAAAUCAAUGCACUUCAUGAGAAUUUGGUAUAUGUAUGCAAAACAGCUGUUGAUGUAAAUGCUGAAUCGCGGUUGUUUCCUGACAAUUGGCUCUUUCAUUAUAGAUGGAGUAAAAGAGCAAAGAAUGGAGCGUUUAUGCCGGAUGGAGAGCAGAUUGUAUUUGAAACUGUAGGUGGAAGAACUAGUGCUAUUGUACCAAGUGUACAAAAGUUACCUGAAGAUAGGGUAGAACGGAUAAUAAUCAAGCGUUCACGUAUUUCUAAGGAUGUAGAACCUAAAAGGUCAACGCGUCAAAAACGUAAAACCACAACAGCUCAGGAUGAUCCUUUGUCUAGUAGUCAACCGGUCACAAAACAUGUUAAAUCACCUAUCCAAGCAGUUGGUAAGAAACGUAAGAUUGUCACGAUUCUUGAUGAUGCAGAUGAUGAUACUUCGACAAUCAAACCAGACAAUGAAACAAUUCAAAGCCAGCAACACUAUUACCAUCAACCACAACCUCAUUAUGGAUAUAUGCGCUAUGACGGAGGUUAUGAGUCUAUUCCUUUUGUGCAUUCGCAACUCUCUCAAAACUCAAUACCCACGCACUCUUAUCAUAUGCCUCAGCAACAGGAUCAAGUAGAACAACCAGUAGUACCGACACAACCUCUCCCGCAACCUCCUUCAAAUUUAAAUGUCUACCAACAGCAUUCAUCAUCUCAUUUUUCUCGGCAACAACAAUCUCAAGAACCUCAAUUAUUGCCUCAUCAAUUGUUGUGGUAUCUGGCGGAACAUUAUUUAAUAAAAGCAUCUGCAUUACCAACUUCAUCUUUAGUUAAUUUUCCAGCAUUAUCCUCACAACACCAGCAACAUAUAUUGGUAGCGAUCAAAUGUUUAGAAUCGGUUCUUACAAGUAUGAUGACUGGGAAUAAUUAUAUGUCAUUAGUAGACUUGAAAACACGCUUUAGGUUAAGUCAAAUUCUUUUUCGGUUUACUGAUAAUAUUAGAGAAGCAGAAAAUCAUUUACAAAAGGCGAUGUUACUUGCUCAAAAGCUUGAUAAUGUUACAGAACUCAAAUUCAAAAUGAUUGACCUUCAAUGUAACAUACUCAAAAGCACGAAUAAUCAUAAAGUAGCGAGAAAUCUUAUGAAAUCAAGUGCAUUUGAAGCAAUGGAGAGUAAUAUGCCAAAUUGGACAUAUCACUUUAUGUUAAAACGCUCAGAAUUUUAUUAUUCCGAGGGUGAUUUUAAUGGAUGUUUAUCGGUAUUAAAACAAGCGGAGACAAUGGCAGAUCAGAGAGGGGACGUUGAGAUGAAGGCUUGCCUUCUAAUUACAAUCGCUCAAUAUGCGUUUUCAAGUCAAAAUUAUCCAAUAGCGCAACAUGCUCUUGCUGAACUUUCAACGAUACAUAUAUCUGCUGCUCCAACAACUUCAAUGACUACAUAUUCGAAUGCUGCAUCAUCGGCAUCAAGUUUGCCGGUCAAGAUUCGUUGGUUAUCAAAAGCAGAGAUUUACACCCUUACAUUUUUAAUAUCGGGUAUAUGUAAUCGUGGAGAUAAUGCAACAACAAAAUCUACUUUAUUCUUAACAGAAGGAUUGAAGAUCGUUGAGAGGGAAAUUUAUUCAAAUGAUGAUAAUCAAUUGCCGGUUCAUGAGGUCAUCAAAUCUAAAAAAUUUUACGUUAUGCUAAAGGCAUACAUGCUUCAACACUUAGUUGAUUCUUUUUUGCUUAGGUCAGAAUUUAAUGAUGCCGAGAAAACUAUUGCGCAAUUGAUGAAUUGGGCAACCGCAUAUGAUUUAUGGGCGCAAUUCCAAGUACCAGUUACACUUGCACUUGGAAUGAUAAAUCAAUGUGUUGGUAAAGCCUAUGAAGCAAUGGAAUAUUAUAAAGAAGUAGAAAAGAUUGGAAUAAUAAUAGAGGAAAUAAAACAAGAAAUGAUGUAUCAAACGCAUCACAUAGAUAGCUUAAGAGCCAUGGUACACUUUUUGGAGGCAUUAUCGUGUGGCGAUUAUACACGAACAAAAGAACAUUUGGCAGAAACUUUAAAAUUAUCAUCAACAUCAUCCAAUAAUCAGCUUAAAGCUUUAACGCUUUCAGUUCUUGGUGCGAUAUUCUAUUCUACACAGAAUGAACAAGCGGAAAAGAUGUUAACCGCUGCAUAUUUGUUAUCAAAGAAUGCAAAUAAUGAUUUAGGAUGCUUUGUUUCGGGUCGUCUUUUAAAAGAUAUUUAUGAAUUUCGAUGCAUUCAUUCGAAACAAGCGGCAUUUAAUGAACAACAUGAGAUAAUAGUAAGUAAAACUCUCACAGAUUGGAGUGAAAAAAGUAGAGUAGUACUGGAUUUGGUGGAUGAUGAUGUUUCCAGUUCUACCUCCACAUUACAUCUUCAUAACGCUAAUGAAAGUAGUAGAAAUUCUUCUAGUACAAACAUUAUACAUAGCGUUCCUGGAGGAGGUGGAUAUGUAUAA